UUUUCACCUCCAGUCAUUUCGCCCUGCAGGAUCUCCGUCUGGAUGAUUCCCGAUAGAAUUCGCCAACAGCUUUCCCUCUCGCCGUGUACGAAAUACACGUAUAGACUCAGAAGCUAGCCACUCCCAGGCCUGCGGGCUAGGUCUGCAUUGUUCCCUUCUCUCCACAUCCUCUCUGCUACUCGGCUCGACAAUGACAGCCCGAAUACUGCCCAGCUGCGUGUCGCAACCAAGGCGACGCCGUGCCCACCACAAAUCCCGACAGGGCUGUGCUGAAUGCAAGACUCGGCACAUCAAAUGCGACGAGAAUCGUCCUAAUUGUACCAACUGUGUCACGUCCGAGCGCCGAUGCUCUUUCAGGGAGUUCCGAAUACCUGCUCCCCCAUCUUCGAGCACUUCACCCACCCCAAGUGAGGCUGGUCACAGAAGUUCCGUAAUGCCCCAGGCACCAGGACGCUUUACAGUCACACAUCUAGCCUGCUUGCACCAUGCAGAGGGGCAUAUGGAUGAAUAUAUGGCUCUUCGCGGGAGCGCACAAUCAGUCAUUAGCAUCGCUAUAAGCAAUGCUACUGUCGCCCCGUUUCUUCUCGACCAGUUGCUCGCUCUCUCUGCCCUGCACAUCUCUACUCAAGAUGCCUCUAGAACGUUACUCUUCCAUCACCAAGCAACUGAACUGCAGACGCGUGCCUUGGAGGUCUUCAAUCAGAGCCGAGAGGAGAUGAACAGUACCAACUACGCGCUUGUAUUUCUCUUCGCCUCUCUCUUGGGCAUUCACGUUCUCAGAGAGACUCUCGCGAACCAUCGCGACAAUCUUUCUACUUUUGUUGAAGCAUUCAUCCGCUAUCUCCAACUGCACCGUGGCGUGCGCACAUUCAUCACGGACGAAUCCUGGGCACAGAUUCUCAAGUCGGACCUCAGGCCACUUCUAUUCCUGUCAGACGCCAGCGAUAAGCUCGAUAAGCACGCUGUAGGACUGGAGACCGCUAAGCUGAAGGAGUUCCUGGCGUCAUAUGAAUGUACAUCAGACUCUACCAGUCCUUGCCAGGACGCCCUGGGAUGGAUGCAAUGGGUGCUGAAUCUAUGCAACCAAGACGCAACCGAUGAAUGUUUGGGCAUUCAUGCUGUUAUUGCAUGGCCCCUCGUCAUUUCCGAUAAGUACAUUGAAGCCCUGCACCAGCGUCGACCGGAGGCCUUCGCAGUCCUGGCUUUCUACGCGGCUGCUUUACACCGCUACCGACAAUUUUGGGUGUUUGACGGGGCUGGAUUAUUCUUAUUGGACCAUAUAUACUCAAGCAUCGGUUCGUACUGGCUUUCUCAUCUUGAUCUGCCUAGGGACAGUGAUUGAGGCAAGGAGCCCACUAUCACCCUUGUGGGCUGCUCCCAACGUUCAGCUUGUUGGGGGUAUAUGGGGGUAUCUAGCGUUUCACAUUAAAACUCUGUAUAUCUACGUUCCCGAGAGUUGCGUUACAAAUGAUUCAUCACAAAGAAUAGACUUUUCUUUGAAGUUUUCAAUGUCUACAGAGGCAAAUGACUAAAACAUGAGUCACCACAAGUAUUUUGCUACGCAUAAGCCACCUGUCUGGCCGGGAUAUGUAUAGAAAUGGUCUUGUUGAAAACAUCUACAGCCCC